AUUUUUAACCACAUCCUCGGAACAAUGCGUCUCUUGAAGAUUCCAUGCAUGCUAACGGCCCAUGCGCGCUCAUCAUUUCCAUUAGAGUGAGAGUGAGGACUUCAACAGUGAUAUUCCACAUUCGGGCGUGAAACUUACAAGUGAAACUGUUAAUAUAGAUAUAUACGUUACAUUCACUGGAUAUUUACCCUUUUCCAUGAUAAUGAUUGCCAGCCCACGACAGUUUGAAUAAUCUACAGUGACGUCAUAAAAAUGACAACCCAAGCAGAAGUCUAUGGGUACGGUACCAUCGCUAAUCUGAUAUGCUGUCUAUGUUCUCUGGCCGGUGCUUUUACAAUUCCCUUUGCCAAAAAAUAUAAAACUGCAUACGAUGUUGUUUUGUCUGUCUUCAUGGGGUUGGCUGUCGGUGCUUUGGCCAGUGACGCCAUUCUUCACUUAGUUCCAGAGGCCCUUGGCCUCCACGAUCACGGUCCAAAAUCUUCAUCCAACGAAACUCAUUCUCCGUCACAUGGUCAUCAUCAUCACCGGAAGAGAGACACUCACCAGAAUGUUGACACACAUCCCCAUGGCAACCAUAAUCAUCAUCAUCUCCCGGAAGAAGCUGAUCAUGACGCCGUCCAUAUACAGACAGAGCAUUUACACAUAGAACCAUACAUCUGGUACUGCAUGGUCCUCCUUCUUGGUGCAUAUAUUUUUUACCUUGUUGAAAUGGCAAUGGUACACGUGCAAAGGAAAACACAAGUGGAACAAAUUUCUGUAACACUUACAGCCUAUAAUAACCAAGCUGUAGAAGCUAUAAUUAAGGAAAAAGAGGUGGAAGAACAAAGGACCUCAAGAGGCAGGAAAGCUAUUUCACCCCUGGUGGUGAUGAUCGUCAUCGGUGAUGCCCUUCAUAACUUCACUGACGGGUUGGCCAUUGCUGCUUCAUUCUCGGCUAGCAUACUAGAAGGAAUAGCCAUCACUAUUGCAAUCUUCUGUCACGAACUUCCUCAGGAAUUAGGUGAUUUUGCAAUAUUGAUUAGCGAAGGACUGACGUUUAAGAAAGCUCUGAUCGCCAACCUUUUCUCCUCCCUGACUGCCUUUAUUGGUUUUUACAUUGGAGUCCCACUCUCCAACCUGGGAGGUACACCCUGGAUCUUCUCCAUUACAGCGGGAAUGUUCCUGUAUAUUUCAUUAGUCGACAUGCUUCCCUCUUUGAUAAAGAAUGGCUCCACGAACGUAAGGACCUUUAUCUAUCACAACAUCGGCAUCCUCUGUGGAGCUCUCGUUAUCAUACUGCUAGCAGUAUUCGAAAGUAAAAUUGAAAUCGAUCAUUAACAUUACAAAAUAUAAAUACCGAGUUUUGAUUAUUUUGUUAUUCGUUUUUAUAUUGUUAUGUUGAUUUUCAUUUUGUUUUUGUGGAUAAAAUAUGUUUAGUAUGAUUUUUAGAAUUGAUAUUGCAUGAGUGCUGCUUAUGUUUAUAAUAUUUCAAUAUUGCUUGAUUCCUAAUAAAUUUUGCAAACAGAUUAAUUUGGUUUAUAUAUGAUGUAUACAGUGCAGUGAAUGAACAAAUUUCAAAAUUACAGGCCCGUUUUUAUUUUAUUUUAAGACUCUAUGUUAAAUAAAGGUACAUGUAAUUAGUUUAAAAAUGGUUUUUUAAGUUCUAAUUUAAGUCAUGUUUAUUCUUUUAGAUAUGCAGUACAUUUUUAAAGAAAUGUUUGCAAAAUGCUUAUUUGUAAUAUUUUAACAACAGUUGUGCCUAUUGGUGCUUCAAAAGCUGCUAAAAUAUGUUGGAUUUUUGUUGCUUUUUUAUUUGUACAAUGAACGUAUUUAAAAUUAUAAUAAAAGCCAUGACGAGAACUA